GCACCGCCCCGGCCCGGCUGUUUGCGGGUCCCACUCCGGCUGCUUCCUGCUGCGCCGCCGCCGCCGCUGCCAUGGGAGGGAAGAACAAGCAGCGAACGAAGGGCAACGUGCGGCCCUCCAGCAGUGGCAGAGCUGCAGAGCUCCUUGCCAAGGAACGUGGAACAGUGCCUGGGUUUAUUGGCUUUGGAACAUCUCAGAGUGAUCUAGGAUAUGUACCUGCAGUCCAAGGAGCAGAAGAAAUAGACAGCCUUGUAGAUGCUGAUUUUCGAAUGGUGCUGCGAAAACUCUCCAAAAGAGAUGUCAUAACAAAAUUAAAAGCUAUGCAGGAGUUUGGGGUGAUGUGUAAGGAAAGAGAAUCAGAAGCUGUUAAAGGUGUUCUUCCUUACUGGCCAAGAAUUUACUGUAAAAUCUCACUUGAUCAUGACCGCCGUGUUCGAGAAGCAACACAGCAAGCUUUUGAGCAACUUAUUCUUAAAGUAAAGAAACACUUGGCUCCUUAUUUAAAAAGUAUCAUGGGAUACUGGCUGAUUGCUAAGUGUGAUACUUACUCCCCUGCAGCAUCGGCAGCUAAAGUGGCAUUUGAGACAGCUUUCCCUUCAAGUAAACAACCUGAAGCCGUAGCAUUUUGUAAAGAAGAAAUUCUGAAUAUUCUACAAGAUCACCUUCUGAAAGAAACACCUGAUACGCUCAGUGACCCACAAACUGUACCGGAGGAAGAAAGAGAAGCCAAAUACUUUCGAAUUCUGACAUGUUCCUUGUUAGCUUUAAAGAAGUUGCUUUGCAUGUUGCCAAAGGAUGAGAUUCAUUCACUGGAAGAAAAGCUAGUAUCUCUUCAAUCUCAGAACAAAUUUUGGAAAUAUGGCAAGCACAGCGUACCUCAGGUUCGCUCAGCAUUUUUUGAGUUAAUUUCUACUUUCUGUCAGCUCCUUCCUGAAUCAAUGAAAGUUGAAGCACCAAGAGUUUGUCCCACAGUUCUUCUCAGUAUUGAUGACAGUGAUGCAGUGGUGUGUCCAGCUCUUUGGGAAGCUGUGCUUUACAUCCUUGUUACCAUUGAGGACUGUUGGAGUCAUGUAAAUGCCAAAAAAGGAGUUCUGCCAAAACUAUGGAUAGUACUUCGAGAAGGCGGACGAGGUCUAGCUACUGUUAUAUAUCCUAAUCUUUUGCCGUUGAUUGGCAAGGUACCUCAUGGCAUUACAGAACCAAAGCUGGACUUUUACAGAACUUUUUUCAGCUCAAUAAUUCAAGGGUUGUCAAGUGAGCGAGCCAUAGCUAGCCAUUCAGAGUGUUCUGCAAUUAUAUCUGCAUUUAUGGAGUGUUUACGAUUUGCUGUGCUACAGAAUUUAGGUGAAGAAGAUGAACAAAAACAAAUUCAGCAGAUGCUUAUAUGUGAUCAGUUAAUUCCUCUCAUUGAAGCUAUGCUUAAAGAGACCAGGUUACAAAUUGGUCCAUUGUUUUACCAAAUAGCAGAAACACUGAGCUCCUGGGAAACAAAGACAGAAAUCUUAAAUGAUGAUGGCACAGCUGAAACUUUCCGGAGACUCUUGUCGAAUUUCUGGGACAGUCUCUCAAAAAUGUAUGUACUCCAUGUUGAUGCAGCAGAUGCUGAUGAGAAGUCUUUGGUUGCUAUAUCCUGUAUGCUACAAAUUCUGCAGAGCCCAGAAAACUCUAUGAAACCAAGCAAAAGAAGAACCUUAAAAAUCAGAUUUACAGAUGAGAAUAAAUCUGAAAUAAACACUGAGAAUGGGAAGCCUGCUGAAGUGACAAAUAAUGGUGAAUCUGAAAUACUGACUGAUCCACCACAUAUUUUGUUUCUAAGGAAAGAACCUUUAGAAGAUUUAGUCUGUAGCCUUGCUGAAAUGAGUAUUGUGUAUAUCAGUGAACAGAAGUCUGAUCGGCACUUAAAGUUUCUCUCUGCUUUGCUCAACUCCUUCCCUUCUAACAGAGUAUUUCAAGUGCUGUUAGAGCAGGAAAAUGAUGUAAGUGCUGCUCAGACUGAAUCCCAGGAAGAUGUAAAACUUCAGCAUGAAAAUCCGUCAGUACGGUUUUUGCAUCAGAAUUUAAUAGCUUGGUUGAAAGAAGACUGGAGGAAAGAGACAGAUUUUCUGGUUGAUAUUUUGUAUAGUGUCCUUAGGUGUUGUAACAAUAAUACAGAGCGCAAAAAUAUUCUUGAUGACUUAACUGAGAUGGAUCUGAAAUGGAGUAUUUUCCUACAAGUAAUUCAAAAGGCGUGCUCGGACUCAGUGAAACAUUCAUUAGUCUCUGAGUGGCUGAAAGGUGACGUACUAGGGGAGAAGCUUGUAAUACUAGCAGAUGAUCUGUGCUAUAAGGGUUUGAAAACCACAACAACCUCAUUGGAAUUGUACUGUUCAGAAAGAUGGACCCUCUUGAGCUUGGUAUUAUCACAGCAUGUUAAAAAUGAGUCCUUGAUUGGUGAAAUUUAUGUUGAAAGAAUUAUUGAUAAACUUCAAGCAGCUCUUUCAAAAGCUAAGGAUCUUUCUGAAGCUGGAAAUACUGAACCAUCAGUAUCAUUCAUAUGUGACGUAGCCUCUAACUUUUUCAGCUCAGUUAAAGGGUGCUUACUGAUGCCAUCUUCUGAAGACUUAUUGUUCACUAUUUUCCAACUAUGUGCUCAGAGCCAGGAUGCUACACACUUGUCAGAUUUACUUGUCAAUAAACUAAAGCACACUUGGUUAUCUGGCCUAAAUUCGCUUGUGCAUCAGGUUGGCUAUAUGCAGAAACAGAGCACCUUCUUGCAUAAAUCUGCAUUAUGGGUCAAGAAUCAAAUUCAGUCUUCCUCUUUGGAUGUUAAAAGCCUUCAGGUUUUGAUCUCCACAGUUAAUGAUUUGCUGACUAAGUUACUGGAAGCUGGGGAACUGUCUGGUUGUCUUCUGGGAACUUAUUUUGGAUGUAUUGCUCCAAACAACUCUGAAUGGGAAAAGUUGCGAGAAUCUCUACCCAUGGAGUGGUUACACAAACCUCUUUUGGAAGGAAGACUGAGUAUGAACUGCACGCACUCAGGAACAGAGGUUAAGCUAUGCAAAACCACUAAACUUCCAAACCAUCUGUGCACUGCAGCAUUGUUAAGUAAAAUGGCACUACUUAUACAGGACCAUGAGGUGAUGUUUGAAAAUCACAACGCAGAAAGGAAAAAAAUUGAAAAUAUAAUUGCAGAACUGCUAUACUCUUUGCAGUGGAUUGAAGAACUUGAUGAUCCUCCUUGUCUCCUCCUUGAAUUUCUCAACAUGCUUCAAGUAAUCAGUAUUACAUAUGAGGACUUAAGUGCAUUUGGUAAUACAACCAACCUUCUGCAAAUAUUAUUUAACAGAUCAAAAGAGUGUGGAAGACUUUGGGCCUUAGCCAUGGUUAGAGUGAUCCAUACAAAGAAUAUUGCAUCCAGUGAAAUAAAACAACUUUAUAAGAUGACUGAAGGGUUUUUCCCAUUAACCGAAGGCAACUUACAUACAGUUCAGAGCCUGUCUCCAUUUUUACCCGAAGAAGAAAAGGAAGAACUAGUUAUCCAGUGUACUGCUAAACUUAUGGCAUGCAUGCAAACCGAGCUCAUCAGUACUGAUGGAGCUUUUGGAUAUCUUGCCAUUUUAAACUGCUGUUUACACAGUGGAAGCAUUGAUUGUCGAGAGCUACUGCCUGGAAUACUAAAAAUCAUUAUGUCAUGGAGAAAUGAUAAUGAGGACAGCUUCCUUUUCAGCUGCAAUCUUAAAGAAGCAACGCCUCAGUUGCUUGGUUUCAAUAUAGAGAUGAUCCGUUACUUUCCACUGUUGCUAAAAUAUUCCACGUCUCCACUGAUGGACAAUGAGUGGGACUUCAUAAUGUGCUCCAUGCUGGCUUGGUUAGAGACAACAAGGGAAAACCAUUCGCUUUAUCAUGUUCCACUGGUGCAAAUUUUUGCCUGUGUCAGCUGUGACUUGGCUUCUGCCCUUAGUGCAUACUUCCAGGCAGCAACUCCUGAGGCUAUCCAAAAUCUUCCUAUGAACCUGAUCAGUGAAUGGAAGGAAUUCUUUUCUGAAGGCAUUCACAACUUGUUGUUAACUUUGUUGGUAAAAGUCACAGGGGAAAGCAAAGAUCCAUCUGAAAAAUCCUUUCAGAACUCUAUACUGAAGUCCUUAGGUGAAGUUCUAACAUACAUUUCAAAGGACCAAUUGUUGAACCACAAACUGCCAGCCAAGUUUGUUGCUGGCCAGAAAACAAACCUCCCAGAUAACCUACAGACUUUGUUAAACACAUUAUCUCCAUUGCUGCUCUUCCGAGCUAGACCUGUACAAAUCACUGUCUACCACAUGCUAUAUAAGUUAAUGCCCGAGUUGCCUAAAUUUGAUGAUGAGGAUCUCAAAUCCUAUGGUGAUGAAGAAGAGGAAUCAGCUUUAUCACCACCUGCAGCUCUUAUGUCUGUUCUUGCCACUCAAGAACUCUUUCUAGAAAACAUCCUAGAUUGCAUUCCAGUUGGAGAGUAUGCAGUUGUUCAGCCGCUGAGCGAAGAGUUCUGCUUCAUUUUAGGAUAUCUUCUCACAUGGAAAUUAAUAUUAACUUUCUUCAAGGCAGCUUCUUCUCAACUGCGGGCUUUAUAUUCACAAUACCUUCGAAGAACUAAGAAUCUGAAUAAACUUCUUUAUCACCUGUUCAGGCUUAUGCCAGAAAACCCUGCCUUUUCAGGGCCAGCUACUGAAGUCCCAGAUAAGGACACAAAAACUUUCUUUACUGAAGAACUUCAUUUAGGUGUCAAAGAUACAGCAGUACUGUCCUCUCAGAUUCCACACUUGGCCUGCUCGGUAUAUCAUAUGACAUUAAAGGACUUGCCAGCCAUGGUUAGGCUUUGGUGGAAUAGCUGUGAGAAACGGGUCUUCAAUGUAGUAGAUAAAUUUACAAGCAAAUAUGUCAGCAAUGUACUUUCAUUACAAGAAAUAUCUUCUGUGCAGACUAGCACACAGUUAUUUAAUGGCAUGACGGUAAAAGCUCGGUCUGCUACUCGGGAAGUGAUUGCUACCUAUUCAGUUGAUGAUAUAUUUAUUGAACUGAUAAUACAGCUUCCGCCAAACUACCCACUGGGCUCAAUAUCAGUUGAGAGUGGAAAGAGGGUUGGUGUGGCUGUUCAGCAGUGGCGCAAUUGGAUGCUACAGUUAAGCACGUACCUCACUCACCAGAAUGGAAGUAUUAUGGAAGGCUUGGUUUUGUGGAAAAAUAACGUGGAUAAACGGUUUGAGGGCAUUGAAGAUUGCAUGAUCUGUUUCUCAGUCAUCCAUGGUUCCAAUUAUUCUCUUCCCAAAAAAGCCUGUAGAACAUGCAAGAAAAAAUUCCAUUCAGCCUGUUUGUACAAAUGGUUCACAUCUAGCAACAAAUCCACCUGCCCACUUUGUCGAGAGACCUUUUUUUGAAAUAUAAUGCUCUUCUCCCUCUUCAAUAAAAUGAACCAUGUAGUAAAUGAAGAGGAGGAACUGGUCCUGUCAAGAACUGUACAUUGAAGGAAGCCAACUUACUUUUUGGAAAUAAUAUCAGAAUUAUCUUAAAUUGCUUGAUUAAAGGGAUGAUCCAUGUUGAUCUCUGGACUGUGUUAUUGUAAAGGGUUCUGAAACACUUGUUUGAUAUAAAAGAAAUAUAUGUAAGAAUAGUUUAUUUUAAUUUGUAUAUUUUUUAAAAUGUUAAAGUAUUCUAAAAAUUUAGAGGUGAUUUCAAUAGUUAUGUUUGCACCAAAGUAGUGUUCAACUACAACUCAGUCAAUUAAACCUACCUAGGUACAAUCCAUCAUACUGUUAUGCACUCAAGCAGGAUGGUGCCUCUAAUUUUACAGGUGAAUUUAGUUUAGGUGACACGAAGAUCUGAAUUUCUGGAAUCAUUAAAUUUGCAUUUAUAAAUCUUCUCAUAUUUGAAUUAUUAGCUGCAGUUGCUAUUGCAUUAAAGUUAAAGCAUAUGAUAAAACAUCAGUGGUAACUUAAUGUUAAAGCCUGAUCUGAAAUACAAGGUAAUCUAAAGUAUUUAUAAACUGAACGUUAAUAGUGUAACCCAAUUUUUUGAUUUCUAAGAUUGAAACAUUCAGCAGGUAAAGUCAGAGAGAGAAGUUAGAGAAGAGGAAGGAUGCCAACCAGCUGUUGUGCUCUCCUUAGUGCUGUUUUCUUUAUGUGCAGUUGGUGAAAACCUUAACAUGUUAAUGAAAUUUUAUGCUCCACUGACCACAGGGAUUUAGUUUUAUAACUGAAUUUAAAAUUGUUUCGCUAAUAACUUCUGUUCAUAUAAGUUGAUUUUUCCAGAGAAACAUGUACAGAACGUAUAGCCCAUUUUAACUAUGAAGCCAUGUUGCUUCAUGUGGUAAAUAUUCGAAUCUGUGAAGUCACACAGUACAAAGGGAGAAAUAGGCCUAUUAUGUCAAUGUUAUUAAGCCUUUGGGAUUGUCCUAUUUUUCUUUUGUCUUUUGGCCAAUGGAUUUUCUGGAAAA